AUGGAUUACCAACAUCUCUUUGAAGGAGGUUCAUGGAGAACUGUUCUUCCGAUACCAAUUCAUUUACUGCUGUUCGCAACACCAGCAGUGAUUCUAGGACAUAUCGCUACUACACCCACCAGCACGCUGUCAACGCAAACAAAGCAAAUACUAUCUUUUCCAUUUCUUAUUGGUGUAAUACCUCUUUCAAUGGCAUUCAUGUGCGACCAAAAGAUUCUCGAUAUCUUAACAUCUCUAUUCACCUACAAUGUAUUCAUCCGCUUUUUGGAGAUAAUUUGGCUGGGUCCAGUUCUACAGGGUCGCGAAGCUUAUAUAUCUAGCAGAGAUUUCCAUAUCGAGCUUUGGAGUUGCCUGCGUACUUUUCCAAAGCCAGCAAAAGAGGACACAAAGACACUUAAGAAAGGAGAGACAAAGACAUACGCAAAAGAUAGGAAAUUUUAUCAUAUAAUUCCCUUGUGGUUUGCAAACUAUCUUAUUUGCGACGUACUGGGUGCCUGGUUUGUGACCUUUAGUGCUCACGAUGCCAAGAGAGUUUACGAAGAAAACACGCCACUGUUCUUUUUCAUUUUUGCUGGAGUGGUUGUCGUGAUGACAAGUGCCUUUAAUAUUCUGGGUUACACGUUGCAGUUGUUCUAUGUUCUCUAUUAUGAAGGCGGAUCUUAUUCUUCAGAGCAAUGGCGUGAAUUGAUGGAGAAUCCUAUUAUUUCAACUUCUAUAACUUCACUCUGGGCUGAACGCUGGCACCGGCUGCUGCGUUCCACAUGGCUUGCAUUCCCUUAUAGAACCACUCGCAAUGUAUUGCAAAAGGCCUUGGGAAAACCAACCAAGAAAACAGCUGCAAUCUGUUCUGCGGUAGCAUCAUUUGCCGUAUUCAUAGUUUCGGCUACAAUGCAUGAGUUUUUCCUUUAUUCUAACUUAGAUUGGCCAAUCUACCGAGAGUUUUAUAUGGGUGGUCAGAUGUGCUAUUUCUUGGUCCAGGCUGCACUUGUAGCUUUUGAAAAAGUUGUCGGAACUUCUUUGCGCCGUCGUCUACCAAAAUCUUUCACCGAAUCUCUGUUUGCUCUAUUUCUCCAGUGGCUUUGGGUUGUGGUUUGCGCGUUUUGGCUCUUCCAUAUGUUUUUAUUAGGAUACACUACCCUCGGGGUUCAGUUUAAUAAUCCCUUCCACUUCUUCCAGCCAUACAUCCUUGAAUACGUUCGCAAAACUCCAGCCAUUCACCCUUUCUUCGGAAGCUUGCUCUAA